UGACGUCAUUGACCUGCGACGUCUAGCUGAUUCUCUUUCUGCUUCCACACGUGUGUGAUUUUCUCCCUUAGGUUAAAGUUUUAUUUAUUUACUUUUUUUAAAUAAUGCGGCCGUUAACGGAUGAAGAGACUAAAACAAUGUUUGAAAAGCUCUCCAAGUACAUUGGAGAGAACAUUAAGCUUCUUGUGGAUAGACCGGAUGGGACUUACUGCUUCAGACUACACCACGAUCGUGUGUACUACAUCAGUGAAAAGAUACUGAAGUUGGCCACGAGUAUCUCUCGGGACAAGCUGGUGUCCGUCGGCACGUGUUUCGGGAAGUUCACCAAGACUCAUAAGUUUCGGCUGCACAUCACAGCUCUGGAUUUUCUCGCUCCUUACGCAAAGUAUAAAGUGUGGGUGAAGCCUGGAGCUGAGCAGUCUUUCCUGUACGGCAACCACAUCAUGAAGUCCGGCCUGGGCAGGAUUACAGAAAACACGGCUCAGUACCAAGGAGUGGUGGUUUACUCGAUGGCAGACGUACCACUGGGUUUUGGAGUGGCAGCGAAAACCACACAGGAAUGCCGCAAAGUGGAUCCCAUGGCCAUUGUGGUGUUUCACCAGGCUGAUGUGGGAGAGUACAUCAGAAACGAGGACACACUCACCUAACACACUCCUGCAUCUCAGAUUGGACUGUUUUUUUUUUUGUUUUUUUUUUAAUGGACAUUGUGUCUUUUCAGUCAUUUGUCAGUGAUGAUCUUUCAACAGCUCACUGCUGGAGAAAAGUGCAAAGUGACCGACUGGCUCUCGGCUGUACAGACUCCAAAUACAUACAUGUACAAGCUCUCAAUUCGGGCCAAAAAAGGGGCCAAAAUUGGUUUUCUUCUUUAAAUGUGUGGUGGCUUUCAAAAACCCUUCACGUCUUCACAUUUGGACAUUUUCUGCUUAUAUACACAGUGCAAACUUUACAGUGAGAACUUUACGCUUUCCUGAACUGUUUCUCUUUUACAAGGAACUCAGUUACAAAUAAAGCUGUUCUUUACAUUUUAAAUGUAAAAUGUAAGGUAAAGAUUUCAUUCCAGUUCAGCGGAAAUCAGAAUUUCAAAUGCAGGAACUUGAUCUGUAGUUGAGAAACAUAUUUCAGUUCAGGAAAACGUGUAGUUUAUUCUCAGAACUAUAUGCAGUUGUAUAAAAAAUGUAAAUGUCACAGUAUAAAGGGUUUUCACCAAACACACACAUACACUGUAUGUGUAUGUACAAUUUCAGGAAAUGUGAAAUUGUUUACUCGAUCAAGUGAUGAUAAAUAAACAAUAAUGAAUUUGGCUAA